AGUGAUAAAUCGGGCUCCGUGGAAGAAAUUACUUUUAAUUAAUUUCGGGUAAAUAAUCCCAUUAAAAAUUGCUUACUUGGGAAAAUAAAAGCGGUUUUAUUCGUGACAAAUCGAAAACAUAAACCGUGGAAUCCACAAAAGUGAAAAAAUAGUGAAAAAAAUUAAAAGAUAAAAAAAGAAGAAGAUACAAGUGUAUAUGUAAUAGAAUUUGCGACCAAUAUCAUCAACGUCUAAUCAAACAAGCAGAAAAAUUUACCCUUGAAAAAUUUUAUUACUACAAAAUUAUACAACAAAUUUCCUUUGAUAACGAAGAUAUCAAGAAAAAAAAAUUAGAAUUAAAAAAAAAGAUAUAAAAAGCCACCGAUUUUACAAAAAAAUAUAAAAAAAUAAAUUAAUUAAAUAAUUAAACUACAACAACAAACCAUUACCGGAUUAAACACUUCCAUAUUCAGUUGAAGUAAAUGUAUAGGAGGCGUUUGUGGUCAUCAUCAACUUCAUCGUCGUCAUAUCUCUGAUAAGAUAAAGACAACACUUACGUUAUCUAUCAAUUUCAAUUGUUUUUUAUUGCUUCUACGGCUGUAGCUGUUACAUCGCAAGUAGAUUGUACGGAAAUUCCAACGAUUCCAGCUGGAACGGCACCAAUUGACACGUGAAAAAUAUUUUUUUUUUCGUCAAAAUAAACUGCAGACCUCAUGAAGAUGUCACAUCAUAGUGACGACCAUUUACUUCAGCCGGGAAGUGAUUCCUUUUGGGAACCCGGAAAUUACAAAAGGACCACAAAACGUAUCGAGGAUGGAUACAAACUUUGCUCGGAACUACAAACCCUAAUUCAUGAACGUGCCGAAAUCGAAAAAGCUUAUGCAAAGAGCCUACGAGGAUGGGCCAAAAAAUGGGGAGAGUUGAUCGAAAAAGGACCCGAAUAUGGAACGACAGAAGCUGCAUGGAAGGGAAUGUUAACAGAAUCAGAUCGAUUGUCGGAUGUUCAUUUAAAAAUCAAGGAAAAUCUAUGCAAUGAUGUCAUUUCACAAAUUAAAACCUGGCAAAAGGAGAAUUAUCACAAGAACAUGAUGCACAUCAAGGAACGCAAAGAAAUGGAAGACGCAUUUAAAAAGGCACAAAAACCGUGGGCCAAGAUUCUAGCCAAAGUAGAAAAAUGCAAAGCAGAUUAUCAUUCAGCGUGCAAGACGGAGAAAACAGCUGCUAAUCAAGAACGGAAUGCGAACAGCGAUUCAUCAAUGUCACAGGAUCAGUUGAAGAAAUUACAAGACCGCGUACAACGUGCGAAGGAAGAUGUACAAAAGUGUCGCGAAAAGUACGAACAAGCUUUACAAGAAAUCAAUAAAUAUAAUCCAAUUUAUGUGGAGGAUAUGAAGUCUGUGUUUAUCAAGUGCCAAGAAAUGGAGGAAACUCGAUUGCGAUUUUUCAAAGAAGUACUUUUUUCGCUGCAUAAAAAUUUGAAUAUUUCACAAGAGCCAAGCCUCCCACAAAUUUACGAGGAAUUCUAUCAUACAAUCAAUAAUGCCGACUCGCAAAAGGACCUGAAAUGGUGGUCGAACAAUCAUGGAGUCAACAUGGGUAUGAUGUGGCCCGAAUUUGUGGAGUACACCGAAGAGUUCCGUGAGAUAGCAAAAGGCAUAAAGUCAAAGGAAGCAUUACCGGUUGCAGCAAUAACUCUAAUCAAUCAACGUUCCGUUGACGAAGACUUGCAUGAUUAUCCGCCUCCAGCGACAAAUAAUAAACCAACAAGCCUGAGCAUCAAGUCGAGCACUACAACAAAUGGUCGAAAUAGCAAUCAAGAAUCGCCGAGAUCGCAAGAGGCACCUGUUGUAGCGGCAGCGCCAGCAACUCCCCAACAAAAAAGCCCGCAAAACUCCGCUCAAUCGACAGCCAGUACGCCAAAUAGGGCGUCACAAAUAACUAACGGAACAAACAGUAAAUCGGAUCAAAAUCCAUUUGAGGAAGAGGAUUGGGACGAAGGAGAUGCAGCAGAGAAUGUUCUUGUCGACAACGGAGAACCGGGUGUGCCAGUUAAAGCUUUAUACGAUUACGAAGGUGCCGAAAGUGACGAAUUAAGCUUUAAACAAGGUGAAACCUUUGAAAAAUUAGAGGAUGAAGACGAACAAGGAUGGUGUAAAGGCCGAAAAAAUGGUCGGGUUGGCUUAUAUCCAGCAAAUUACGUUGAAGUCAUACCAUAAUUCUCUUUAUAAUGUACUAGAAACCAAUAAUUUAUAUAGUAUAGCAAUAUAAUCACGUGAAGAAAAGAAGGGUCCGCACUAAUUUUAUUAUUACAUACAUUUUAUAUAUUGAUAGAACACGAAUUUCGUUCUACAGAAAUUUUAUUUUGAUUAACACAUCAAAUUUUUAUACGAUUCGUUUCACACCUUUUUGAACAGAGAAUAUUCGACACAAUUUUUUUGCCUUAAUUUUUAUUUUUGAACGCCACUUUUUAGUAAAAUCCCAUUUUAUCGACCAAUAUUUUUAUUUUAUUUUUUUUUUUUUAAAUUAAUUUUAAGAAAUUUUUGAAUUAGUGUCACUUUUACACUUCAAAAAAAAAUUUUUUUUAUGGAAAUUGUAAUUUUGAUACUAAUUUGACUUUAAAAAUUAGCCUUAAUUUGUCUUCUAAGCCAAAAAAAAAAAUUAAUUAAAUUUUUUUAAAACAGAAAAAAACCAAUUCCGUACCAAUAACUAACAAUCAAGAACUUAUCAGCGUACUUUUUUUUAAUUUUCUCGAGACACCUUAAUUUAAUUUUAAAAAAAUAUUUUUCUGAUCUAUAAAAUACUAUAUAAAAUUUGUAGAAAUAAAAAAAAUGCUUUACCUACCUAAAAAAAACCUGAAAAUUAGAGAGUGAAAAUUUUUGAAAAAAAUUGUUGCGACGUAGAACUGAAGCUAUUUCUUAAGUAGUUGUUACAAAAUAAAUAUUAAACUAUAAACUGUAAUUAGUCUCCACACACCUGUUUUUCGACAUUUAUACACCUUUUAAUGACUAUAUCACUAAUUUUCUACUUGGUAACUGAAUAAAAAAAAUAUUUUCAGUUGAAAAACAAUCGAAUUUUUUCGUAAAACGUCCUUUGAAAAUUUUUGGCAAUAAUUUGAAAUAAUACGAAAGACUUGAAAAUGUUUAAAAAAAUUUCCCGCUUCCAACGUCUUGAUAUGAAAAAAAAAAAAAAAAAUGAAGAAAGAAAUUAAAAGGAAUAACAUUAAAAUUAAUGAAUAAAUUUAAUAAAAUUUUCACAUGAAAAUGCAGUAUAUAAUUGUAAAACUGUAG